AGUGAAAAUAUUUAUUAGUGUAGAAAAUCAGUAUGAAAAAAUUUGAGUUAUUGUACAAAAUAUUUUAUUUAUUAAUAUAUGGAAUUUCAUUUAUUGUAUGUUUAGAAACCUGUGUCAGCAGAGAUUAUGGAAACGGAGGCACAGUAUGUGUUUGUACCGAUAGCAGAUGCCAUACAAUUCCCCCUGUACAAAGGUUACCAUCUGACCAAUACGUUGUAUAUACAUCAAAUAAACAAGGAGAACGACUAACUAAGAGCGUAAAAACAUUAAGCAAUCCUCCACCUGAAGAAUGCCGAAUACCAUAUUCUGAUCGAAUUUGUGAAAACAACGACUAUUCAGGUAUCAAAAUAUGUGGCGAACCAGACUUUAAUCCCUGGGUAGUAUACAAAGAAGGAAGGCCUUAUUCUCCUGCUGCUUUAGAUACUGUUAAUCCCAACGUUUAUAUUGACAGCCAUAUCAAGUUUCAAGAAAUUAUUGGCUUUGGUGGAGCUUUUACUGACUCUACAGGACUUAAUAUUAAGGAUAUGCCUUCGCUACUUCAAGACCAUUUAAUGAGGUCAUACUUCUCUGAGGAAGGUCUAGAAUAUAAUAUGGGACGAGUACCUAUGGCAGGUACAGAUUUUUCAAUUCGCGCUUACUCGUAUAUGGAUAGUGAGGACGAGGUUGUAGAUUGUGUAGAUUCAACGCUACAAAGCUUUCAGCUUGCACAAGAAGAUUUUGAAUUUAAAAUUCCUUACAUUCAAGAAGCAGUCAGACUUGCGCCCAAUAUACAACUUUUUGCAUCAGCCUGGGUUGCACCAAAAGUAUUUAAAGAAAAUAACAGCUAUAAAGGAUUAAUGGGUUUUAUAAAACGGCAGCUCUAUGAGCUUUAUGCUAAAUAUUUCGUAACCUUCUUGGACAAGUAUCUUCAAAACGGGGUUCAGUUCUGGGGUAUUACAACUGGAAAUGAAGCGUUUGUAGCUAUGAUGCACAGUGGAGGUAUACCUGGUGUACUCUGGAUGCCCGAUGACCUUGGUAUAUGGGUGAGAGAUCAUCUUGGGCCAGCAAUAAACCAGUCAGCUCAUAAAAAUAUAAAAAUAAUCACAGUGGAUGACCAAAGGGCUUUAAUCCCUCGGGUUUUGCAAAAGAUUAUGUUUGACCAACAAACAUUUGAUAUGAUAGAUGGUAUUGGCUUGCAUUGGUACUUGGAUAGCGAAAAUAACACACAUUUGUUGGAUAAAACUCAUAAGUUGUACCCCACCAAGUUUAUGAUAGGUACAGAAGCCUGCGCAGGGGACUUCGAGAACAACGUCCGAUUAGGGAAUUGGACGAGAGCUGAACUAUACGCCAAGGAUAUUAUUCAGGAUCUUAACCACUGGGUGCAGGGAUGGGUAGACUGGAACAUGGUCCUAAACACCAAGGGCGGUCCAACGCUUGCAGGUCCAGUAGACUCCCCCAUAAUUGCCAAUGUAACGGAAUUCUACAAGCAACCUACGUACUACGCUAUGGGACACUUCUCCAAAUUUAUUCCAAGGGGAUCUGUCAGAAUAUAUUCCUCCCAAUGUGAUAACGAUAAUAAAGUGGACUUGGUUGCAUUUAAAAGACCGGAUGGAGGAAAAGUUGUUGUUAUAUUAAACAGAAAUGAUUACCCAAUAGAGAGGACGAUUAUUCCAUGUGACAGAGGCAAUAUUGAAUUGCAGAUAACCGCCCAGUCAAUAACUACGUUACUCUUCUGGUAGACAUGACACACAAUAAAAC